CUCAUUGUUUGUUUUGUUUGCUAAACAAGAAUGAUCAAUGGUCCAGUGACUUGUGCGGGUUGCGGGCUCUAAAAAAAUAUAGAAAAAACAACAACAACAGCAGCAACAACUACAACAUUAACCACAACAAGAAGUGUAGAAAAUGUUGCAAAUGAGAUUCGUGUAUUUGUUUAUCUGCACCUUUCUGCUUUUGGGCAGCCAAAAAACAGAUGGAUUUAUAAUCCGACUAAUUACUGAAACACUGCAAAAUAAUGUGGCAGGUGAACCUGUAACUCAUGAGCGCACAAAUUGGGACUUUGAUCCGGAGGCGGCAAAGAGAGCACGUGCCAUAUACUACGAGAAAAAUGGCUUUCGUUCGGCGAAAUUCAUAGAGCGUCUGGGAAUCGGACUCGAUGGGCAACAUGAGCAGCGUCGUCUGGAGCAGCAGGAACGGGAUGUGGGACGUCUGAAUGGGGAACACUUUAUCAACUAUCCAGCUUAGUUUCUACAUAUUCUCAUAAAGGAGUGGGUAGGAUAAAUCCUAGUUGCAUAUCUAGCGCAUUGUCAUCAUUUUAAUUUGC